AUGGCAAACCAUGAUGAGUUAUCCAAGGAGCUUGAGAGGCUGUAUUGCCCACCUAUUGAUCCAGCUCUAUUCAUGGCGAUUCUCAUGGAUUAUGAUUUGGCAGUGCCUGCUGAGGUUCGAUCACUACGCGAAAUCCUGAAUGCACUGAAGACGUCUGCUCUGGAUCAAGAAAACCUACCUUUCGAUCCCUCUGGGACGACCAAGACCCACAGCCUCAGUGUCGCAAACCUCCCUGAAAGUUUGAGCUGGCCAUCGCUUGAACAUCUUGAUCUGAAUGAUGGGGAUGAGAACAACGUCAACGAAAAUCUCAACGGGUUCGAUUCACGUCUUGGAUACACAUUUAUUGGCAUGACAUCGGAUGACAAAAUCUACAACUUGAUGUGCAUGUUCCCAAGUAUCCCCCGUCACCAUGCUGCUCGCAUUCUAAAGGAUUGCCACGAUGAGCUCAGCCGUGCAAUGGAUGUUCUCCUGAACCUUGCAUUCAUUGAUGAGACUCAAAUUGCCCAUGGCUCCACGCAAGAGACUCCGGCAGAGGCUGCUGCCAACCGCCAAACCUUGUUACCUAAAUCAAUUGAUGGUUUCCAAGCCGAUGAGAACCAGUCAAAAAAAUCGAACAAAAAGAACAAGAAGAAAAAUAGUCAGAAACUGCAUCGCGACGCACCGUUAUCCCGCGGUAGCAACACCCCCUCCGUCAACAAAUGGGAGACAGGCAAAAAAGACAUCGACUUCAUCUCCACGCGGGCCUCCACUCUUGUGCGGGAAAAUGUCGCCUCCACCUAUCAUGGCAAUUCGAUGUCGCUCUGUGCAACUAUUAGAGCGCUUGCAAUCGCUUACGCACCAAGGCACAUGAAGGAACUUGACGCUGAUGAUGCUAUCAUCUCCUAUGUCGCGGAGCUCUCUCACAAGUAUGCGACCAUUCCCGAAACAACUUUGGUCGGCCUGAUUCGCAUCGCAAACAAUGAGCUCAAAGCCGCAGAUGAACUGGCCGAGGCCUUAGCUCGGGGGCCUAUUCUCAACUCACUGUCAGACAUCAUUAUGUUCACUUCAGCCCCAGUGGACCUUGAGUCAGAGGAGAAUGCCGUGACUGAGUCCUCUGAGGGAACGGUUGAAUCCUCAUCUGACAUGGACUACGGGCAGGCUGCCGCAGCGGCAAACGCCCACUUUGCGCAGCGGUCGAACGCCUUGGCGCAGGCAUCUCAAGCGGCCCGCCGUGCCCGAUCCAAUCCCCUAUACAACGGGGCGUCCGCAUAUUAUCGGGAAGUUGGAAAUGAACAGCGCCAGCUGGCGCUGCGUCACCAAGCUACCGCCUCUGACCGAUUGGUAGACCAGCAAUCAUCCCAAUAUGACCUGGACCUACACGGAGUAACGGUUCCCAAUGCCAUCAGAAUCUCUCGGGAGCGUGUCAAUGCGUGGUGGCAAUCCCUGGGUGAUCUAAAGCAUGUCAGAGGCGGCGGCAAGCAUGUGCACGGCGGGUUCAAGAUCGUGGUGGGUGUCGGCAACCACAGUCGCGAUGGUGCCGCACGUAUUGGGCCCGCCGUGUACAGAACCCUGCAGAAUGAGGGUUGGAAAGUGGAAUGUGAUCGUGGCGUGUUGCUGGUGACCGGUUACCGUCGUUGA